AUGAUGAUGAUGAAAUCGUCUUGCAAGUUAGAUUACGAUCAUGUAUUUGGCAAAGAAGAUAAAUCAUUCUCAUUUCUUAACCACUCAUCACUCUUCUCGCAUCAAAGCGAGUUAUCAAAUCCUUUCUUUGAAUUGGAAAAGGAGAUUAUUCCUUAUUCUGGCAACUAUGAUAAUUAUCUUCCUUCUGCCUCAAGUUUUUUGCCUUUACCUGAUCUUGAACCCAUCUCCAUCGUCUCUCAUGAAGAUUUACUAAUUGGGUCAGGUUCUGUUUCAUGGCCUGAAGGAGAGUUGAUGUUCGAUGAACGUAGAAGAAAAGAUUUUGAUUUGGUGAAAAAGACUGAAACAACUACCAUCAAGAGGAAAUGUAGAAAAGAUUGUGCUUCUAGUUGUUCUGUUGCAAAGACAUUGUCGAAGGAAACCAUUGCAUUGUACUUUAACAUGCCGAUAACUCUAGCUGCUAAAGAGCUUAACAUUGGUCUAACUCUUUUGAAGAAGAGAUGCCGCGAAUUGAGUAUUCAACGUUGGCCUCAUCGUAAGCUCAAGAGCCUACAAGAACUCACCAAUAGUAUCAAGGAGAAGAAAAAGAUUGAGGAGUUUCCAGAAUUGGAGUUUGAUGAUAGGAUAAAGAGAUUAAGACAAGCUUAUUUCAAGGCUAAGCAUAAGAUGAAGAGAAGAACAUGUGUAAUGUCUAAGUUGAUCACAUCAUCGUCUUCGUAUGUUUCGGGUUUGAGUGAUGAUGAUAGGUACUCGAUGGUCGUGCAUGAAGAGGUAAGAGAAGAAGAUGAUGAAGAGGACUCUAAUUACAACAGGCCCUUGGCUCGUUAA